GAUAGGGUCAACGCUCUGAAGUCAGCCCCCUGGCUUUUGCCAAGACCUGCCUCUGCCCGGCUCUGAGUGGACAGCUGGAGGCUGCAGCUGGAGGCCUGGGCCCGGAUGGAGCCCCGGCUGGGGCCGGGGGCGGCUGCCCUCCGCCUGGGCUGGCCGGCUCAGCUGCUCUGGGUCUCAGCCCUGGGCUCUGCUGUCUCCUCGCCGGCUCCUCCUCCUCCUAGAACCAGCUACAGUUUUGGAAGGACUGUCCUCGGCCUUGAUAAAUGCAAUGCCUGCAUUGGAACAUCUAUUUGCAAGAAGUUUUUUAAAGAAGAAAUAAGGUUUGACAGCUGGCUGGCCACCCACGUCGAACUGCCUCUGGGCUACUUGCCUUCGUACCCUGCAAAUUACUCAGAUGAUUCCAAAACCUGGCGCCCAGUGGAGAUAUCCAGGCUGGUCAGCAAACACCAGCAUGAAAUCUCAGACAGGAGAAUCUGCGCCUCUGCCGCAGCCCCCAAGACCUGCAGCAUCGAGCGGGUCCUGAGGAAAACAGGAAGGUUUCAGAAAUGGCUGCAGGCCAAGCGCCUCACGCCCGACCUGGUGCAGCGCCUCCUGGACCGCGUGGUCCGGCGCUACGCGGAGGUGGCCGACGCGGGCAGCAUCUUCAUGGACCACUUCACGGAUCGCGACAAGCUGCGCCUGCUCUACACGCUGGCUGUCAACGCGCACCCCAUCCUCCUACAGAUCUUCCCUGGAGCUGAGGGGUGGCCGCUGCCCAAGUACCUGGGCUCCUGCGGCCGGUUCCUGGUCAGCAGCAGCACCAGCCCGCUGCAGGAAUUCUAUGCCGCGCCCCCCGACCAGGCAGCCGACCUGGCCCAUCAGCUCCUCAGGAUCCUGGAGUCCCUGCGGAACAACGAUCUGAACUACUUCCUCUACUUCACCCACGUGGACGCCUCCAUGUUUGGCAUCUUUAACAACGGGCAUCUGUUCAUCCGGGAUGCCAGUGCCCUGGGCGUCAUCGACAGGCAGGAAGGCAGCCAAGCAGCCGCCAGGGCAGCAGAGAACAAAGACAUCUUCAGCUGCCUGGUCACCGGCUGCCAGGCCGAGCUGCCCUCCUGUGACUCCAUCCCCGAGAAGCAGAGCCUGGUGCUGGUGUGUCGGCAGGUCCUGCCUCAGCUGCUCCAGGGGAAGUUCCCCUCUCCGGUGCAGGAGCAGAUCGAUGUCCUCCUGGCCAAGUGUGGGGAGGGCGACCGCCCAGACCCCGAAGUCCUGGAGGCCGCCAGCCAGCUGAAGAGCAUCUUGAGACCCCUGAGAACCUGUGACCCCAGAUUUGCCUACCGCUACCCAGACUGCAGGUAUAAUGACAAGUUCUGAGGGGCUGGAGCCUGGCUGGCCUCCAGGGACCAUAUCCUCCGCUCUCCAUUCCCAGCCACUGAGGAACAUUCCAGCAACAGGAGGGCGGUUGUGCAGCACUGGCACUGGCCUCGCUGGCUGGAACAUCACAAAAGAGCCAGGGUUGGGCAUCAGAAGAUCCAGGUGUGGCCCUUGCCAGUUUGGCUCAGUGCACAGAGUAUCAGCCUGCAGAUCGAAGGGUCCCAGGUUCAA